GCUAAAUACUGUAACAUGAGUCUCUGUUGUGCUCACAGGAGACAGGACUGCACAUUCUUUACAAGGAAAGAGAUUCUGAGACUGUUCUACAGAUACCGAGACCUAGCCCCACAGCUAGUUCCACUCGACUACACAGAUAAACCAGACGUGACACUUCCCUAUGAACUCAUUGGCAGCAUGCCAGAGCUGAAGGACAAUCCAUUCCGCCAGCGGAUAGCAGAGGUUUUCUCAGAGGAUGGAGACGGCAACAUGACUUUAGAUGAUUUUUUGGACAUGUUUUCAGUGCUGAGUGAAAUGGCUCCCAGAGACCUGAAAGCUUAUUAUGCUUUUAAAAUUUAUGAUUUUAACAAUGAUGAUUACAUAUGCAAAUCAGAUCUAGAGAAAACUGUUAACAAAUUAACCCGAAAUGAACUUACCCCAGAAGAAGUUAGCCUGGUAUGUGAAAAGGUGAUUUACGAAGCUGACGUGGACAAUGAUGGCAAGCUGUCUUUGGAAGACUUUCAGCAUAUGAUAAUACGAGCUCCAGAUUUCCUCAGCACAUUUCACAUUCGAAUCUGAAUCUAGUGAAACGUGUAAAUGGAAAUGCUUCUUGAACCUUCAACGACUGUUACUUCACCUGAGAUUACCGUCCACGAGAGAGCAAAAUGAGAGGAGCAAAGAGGACAAUUUCUGGUAACCGAACCAGUCAGAGAACUCGGUCUCUUGUUCACCUCUUUAAAAGGAACCAUUCCUUAAACUCUUCAUCACGAUUUCCCUGUAGUUUAACAAAGUUUCCCCACCAGCUAGUGCAAAUCUGGCCUAGACAGUGAGAUGGGAAGUACUUUUUUGAAAGUUCAGACACCACCAGGUAGUAAAGGAACUUGUAUCAAAUCGUAGCUUCUAAAAAAACGCCUAAGAAAAUGCCUUAUUCAGUAAACCCCCCCGAAAAUAGUUUCAAAAACAUGAUGGUUAAUCAAAAUUGCGUAAGCAACUCCUCUGAUCAGCUUUAACACUCUUAACAAACGGUUCAGUGAAUCAACUUGCUGAAGCGUUCUCCUGGUGUGUCACAGAAGCCCAGUACAAGUUCUGAGAAUACAAAGAGCUCUCCAUUGCAGAAUUUAUAACGAAAAGUCAACACACUUUAAAGGACAAAAGAGCCCACCCUGGGUUCCUGUUCCUCUUUUCUAGUUUUAGAAACACCCUAUUUUCCACGCAAUAAUCUACACACACGAAUGAUGAACAAGAUGGACAAACCAAGUUUGUAAAAUGCUCUUUUCAUAAGAAGUUUAUUUAUGCAGUGCUCAGGGUCCUGUACAACAGAGUAAAAACAUACACACUGUAAUAAACAACAGUUUUGUUUUUAAUACAAACAUGACAGUCAAUGAGAAGUGUUUAAGAAAGCAGUUGUAAUGUGGGAAGGGGGGCAGCCAAAAGUGGUCCUUCUAAAGAACACAAUUUACAGUUAUUUUUAAAAAUACUGUGAUGCAUUAAGUUCCCUUCAAAACAAAGUCCUAAGUCCCAACUCACGCUCAACGUAGAGCAUGUGAUUCCUGCAGAAAGGCCAGGGAGACCAGCCUGCUAAACUCGUGUCACCUACAGAAAGAAA